AUGGAUGCAUUAGCACAAGCGGAAGCCGAAUACCUUUUCCAAAUCGCCCAGAAUGUUCCUAUCCCAUAUGAUUCGGAAGAUGAUUUACAUUCCGAACGUCCUGCGUCUAGCCUCCAGCCUCCGUCUGUCAGACGAACAGACACCCAACAAUAUAUUCAGCCUCGAAGAGCCUCUCCAAUCCCUCAACAGUAUGUUCCACCUCCACCAGCACCAGCACCUGCGCAAGUUACUAGACGUGUGAUUCCUUUGCCUCCACUUCCGGACAAUGCUAAGAAUGUCCUGUCGAAGAUGGGCCCAUCUGAUGACCCAGAGCUAUUUCUUUUGGCUUUUGAACAAGGAGAUAAGGUUGAGCACAUCGUCGAAAAAGUUGUUAUGAACGUAGUGCUGUUUGGAAUACCUGCGCCCAUCCGAGAUGAAUUUCUUCGUCACAAUCUUGAAUCUCUAGAUAUUAUUUCACAACGUCUAGAAGGCUCCCAGACCGCUUUCAAAACAAGCAGUAGCUUCAGUACUCAGUAUCCUGUGUUAAAACCUAUAAGGGAAUGCCCAGAGUAUCCUCGUCAACUUGACUGUGUACCUCGUCAUCCUUCAACAACUGAUAUUCAGAUGUCGUCGGCUAGACCACCAGGAAAUGCAGUUGCUGCAACCACAAAUGAGAUGCCUGCUACCGGAGACAGAGGUCGUGGACGUCGUCGAUUCGGUGCCGGCGAGCGAAGAUGUUUCCGGUGUGAUCAGCCUGGUCAUUUAGUGAGAGAUUGUCGUCUGUCUCCAGCCCGUUCAAUGGAAAUUGGCAUAGCAGAGUCACUAAUCGACUCACCUGUUAAACCCAUUCGGGGGGAGGGAGACGGGAAACUGGUCACAGUAGGGAACAAUUUAGGUCCCAAUUUACAUAUUGGACCAGAUCUCUCCAGUGAGUUGGAGGAAAACUCCCUGGAGAAUUUCUCAAAUUGUCAAGACCCUUCCACGUCCUCUCAAAUUGUAAAUGUCUCAGAACCCAAACCAAGUUCUAGCGAGCAGCAGGAUUUUGUGCGCUUGCAGCGUGCUCAUAGCUCGUUGGAGUAUGCAUUUAACCAGGCUUACACUGCCAGGUGGAAGGAUAAUCCUAUUGAAUUUGAUUCUGUUUUCAAUGAAAGCAAGUACACUUGGAGCUGGGGAAGCCCUGAUAUUCUUCCAAUGUUUGCAAAAGGUGCAAGCAAAGAUCACAUCUACACUUUUAUGUAUCCAGCUGAGAAUGAGGACUUUGCAGCAGAAGAUGCUUCCAAAUUAGACACUUGGGUGUUUGAUGAAGCAAAGAAGUUCUUAAUAUCUGCAAAAAACAAUGAUACUUUACUAUCACAGUUACUUGAAGAAAAGAUAGUUUUUUUCCUCCACCUACUCGGACUUGAUACAAAUGGACAUGCACACAGGCCAAUGUCAAGGGAAUAUAUAGAAAAUGUCAAAAUAGUUGAUGCUGCUAUUAGGGAGUUUGUGUCCCUAAUUGAAAACUUCUAUGAAAAUGAUGAAAAGACGGCUUAUGUUUUCACUUCAGAUCAUGGCAUGACAGAUUGGGGAACUCAUGGAGCUGGUCAUCCUUCAGAAACAAUGACACCUUUGGUUGCUUGGGGUGCUGGAGUCCAACAAGCCCAGCAGGUUGCAAGACAGAACUUUCCAGACAAUUUACUUCAAGACUGGAAACUUGACAAUAUAAAAAGAACAGAUGUCAAUCAGGCUGAUGUCGCUCCAUUAAUGUCAUCUUUGAUUGGAGUUCCUCUCCCUCUUAAUUCUGUGGGAGUAUUACCUCUUGAAUUAUUGAAUAAUACAGAUCUCUUCAAAGCAGAAAGUAUGUAUUCAAAUGCUCUCCAGAUCCUAGAGCAGUAUAAGGUUAAGAUGACACAAAAACAGAAAACUACCUUAUCAGUUUUAUUCUCCCCAUUCAAGCUUCUUCCUGAAUCGAAACAGAUUGAUUUCAUUUGGAAGAUAAGAAAUUUAAUAGAACAAGAAAAAUAUAAUGAAGCUAUAAACCUUUGCAAGAUUCUGAUAAACCUGGCAAUGGAAGGACUUUCGUAUUACCAUACAUAUGAUCGGUUCUUUCUUGGGACAAGUAUAGUGUUUGGUUUUGUGGGAUGGACAUCUUAUGUCAUACUUAUAAUCCUAAAAAUGCAUGCAUGUGUGAACAAAUCAACUAUGGAAAAUAUAAUGUUUCGUGGCCAUCCUCAUUCCAAAUUCUUUCUUGCCUUUGCCAUGGCUGUAGCAUUUUUUCUGUUAAUACAGGCUAGUCCGUGGACGAACUACAUUUACUGUCUCCUACCAGUGUUUAUGUGGCAUUCGAUCUAUAAAGAGAUCAUGACAUUUCAGGAUAUUACCAGAGUUAUAUUCCGUCAUCCAUUUAUUCACAGCCUUGGAUUUUUAUUUGUUUUCAUUUUGGGAAUUGAGUUACUGGUGCUUAGCUUUUUCUUUCGAUAUAUGCUAACCCUUGGGCUUGCUUUCUUGGCUGGUUGGCCAUUUGUUUCAAAACUCUGGCAUCAAAGAAAGGUUGGCUCAUUAAACUGGAUCUUUGGUUGUUUAUUUCUGGCAGUAUUCCCCAUGAUGCCUGUUGUAGGAAGAGAAGCCAAUAUCAACCUUGUGACCAUUGCUGGAAUGGCAGCUGUCAUUAUUGGUGUAUUUUGUAUUGUAAUCUUAUGGAAUAUUAGUAAGUCUGCACAACACAGAAGGAAUUUGGGUAUCCUCUUUUUCCAGGUAUUGCAUGUGAUUUUAUGUAUAUAUAUAGUAAACAGCACCCAGUACAGUCUAAACCUCAAACAAGGGUUGCCACUAUUCUGUCAAGUUGUAAGCUGGGCAACACUAGGCUGUUCAUUUGUGGUACCUUUGCUGAGCUCAACACUCUUACUGCAACGACUGCUAAGUAUAUUUCUUUCCAUGGUAUCAACCUACAUUUUACUCAGCACUGGGUAUGAGGCAUUAUUUCCUCUUGUAUUGUUUUACUUAAUGUUUGUCUGGAUUAACAUGGACCAGGAGGUGAAUCCUCUUGUCAGUAUUUCCCCAUGGGUAAAGAUUUUUAGCAUAGACUUUUCUAAGAAUACUGACUAUGUAAACUUAAGGCCACUCCAACCAGAUGACAUCAGGCGAUCAUACUUUUUUGUUUUCUUUAUUGUUACUGCUUUCUUUGGGACUGGAAAUAUAGCAUCAAUUAACAGUUUCGAUCCAGCUUCAGUGUACUGCUUUCUAACAGUAUUCAACCCUUUUGUAAUGGGAUCACUGAUGAUGUGGAAGAUUCUAAUACCAUUUGUAAUUGUGAUGUGUGCUUUUGAAAGCAUUCAAGUUUUCACACAACUUUCAUCUAAAAGGUAUUCCUUUUUCCUCACUGUCCUCGUCAUAUCAGACAUUAAUGCACUACACUUCUUUUUUCUAGUGAAGGAUUAUGGAAGCUGGCUAGAUAUUGGAACAAGCAUCAGUCACUAUGUUAUUGUGAUGUCCAUGACCAUGUUCCUGAUGAUUCUGAAAUUGCUGGUUCAGAUUCUAACAACAAAAAGGAUUAACCUACAUGGAAAAAUUAAAAUGCACAUGAUGUGAUCAUGCUUUUUUCUACUUGAAAAUAAUAGGUCUGAUUGCCCAGAUAUGUUGGGCCUUAAUUAUUUUGUUAAUGUUCUCUUAUCUCCCAUAGUACUUUGGCAUGUUUAUCAUCUUAAUUGUCCCUCUAUCUUGCUGUUUCCCCAGAUAAGAGUAAAUAAUGAAAUGAAGAACAUUACAAAAAAUCCUUACAUAAACUUUUCACUUUUAUAGUUGCGUGUUUUUUUGUUAUUUGAUAAUGUAUUCAGUCUUACUUAUAAUCAUGUGUGACAAGGAGUGAAAAUUUAAAAGCUCUCAAAUCACAUUGUACAAAUGUUAGCUUUAAUAAUCAAAGUUUUUUUCAUCCCUUUAAUUUGGAAAUACUAAUAUAAAAGCAGAAGUUGUCUAGUAUGUAAUGAGAAUUUUGCACAAUUAUUGAUAUUUUUUUGUUUUGUUUUCAGUAAAUUAUUGCAACAUAUUUCCUUGUUAAUAAAAACAUAAAAAAAAUACUACAAGGCAAUGAGCCUUUCAGCAUAGUUGGAAACAUUACAAACUGCUCAUCGUAGUUUUAAUUUGAUUUAGUGUAGCGUAUGCAUUGACAUUACAGUUAGAUUUCCCUGGUAUUUUUUAUUGCUUUGUCUUUAUUUUUUUAUUUUAAUUUGUAUUUUGUCCUAAUAUAUUUGUACAUGUGUACGGUGGUUUUGAGUUUUUCAGUUUGAAGUGUGCUCUAAAAAAUUUAACUUUGUAAAAAUGAACAGCCCUUUGAAAGGGAGUGCAUUAUCAUAUAUUUUAGAAGCCGUUCUCUUUAACUAUAUUUUUAAGUAAUGUAAAAUGCAUACUAAAAGUCAGUAUUUUAUUUUUAGGCAGUAACUGAGUACCUGCAAUUAAUAAAAUGAAAAAUGGUCAUGUUCAGAGAUAUAGUUUAUAUUUAAUGUAUUAUUGUGAUCUAUGUGCAUGAUAUCUUUAUAUACAUAAUUAUGUUUUAUACUGUAGCUUAAUAAAUACAUAACCUGCAAUUUUUCAAGAAAGUAAAGGGUGACCAAAGGUUAAAUGUCACUUUUUUUCUCUCCUCCAAAAUACAAGGGGCAUUAUUUUUAAUUGAUCUGACAGACUAACAUAAUUAAGAUCUCUUCCAAGGUAGUCAGUCUUGUAGAUGGUUUUAAUAUCCACAUAGACAUUCCUACAUGUAAGCUGACAAAUGAAUGCCUAUCCCCUGCUGGACUGUUUUGACAUGGUACAGUAUGUUGAUUUUUUUUACCCACUCUGAUGGUUUCAUAUUUGACCUGGUCUAUACACCUGAAUUGUAUGUUGCGGGGCCCACAUCACUGUGGGCCAUAAAGUAAUGCUUUUCACUGUCACUCCUUCCUGCUUCUAACUGUAAAUGUCAAAUUUUUUGAGAAACUUUAAACCUGUCUGUCUGUCCUUGCCAGAUCCAUUUCUAAUCUUUUGUCUGUCUUUCCCUUUUCCCAUCCAUAUUAGAAAAGUCACUGUUAUUUAGCUCUUCAGUCGCCACUAGAUUAAAUAGCCCCUUUAAAACAUAAGGAGGUAUCCUUUAAAGCAUUCAGUUCCAUGGUAUAAUUCAGCACUACGAUCUAGGAAAGCAGCUGGCUGACGCAUUGAGAGAGUGUCACAUAAGACUGGUCAAACUGUGCAUGCCAAUGGUUUCUCUGACCAUGGCUUACAAAAAUGCAUUAACUCAACGGUUUGUUCUUUUUGGCUAAUGAACUACUUCAGCUUGCAUUUGCCCCAGUCGCAUCCACCGCAGAUUGUUAAAAAUUUGUCAAAUUCUGUCUUCAUGUGAUAAUCCUUAUUAUUAUGACAAUAAUAAAUGCAAAUUUCAAGAUUUCUUUAUUUGUCAAAUCUCUUGCACUACCUUCCAGAGGUUUAUAUUAUAUCUGUCUGAUAGAUAAGAGUUUCUUAGUCUUGGCUACUGCCAAAUCGUAGACUGGGUUAUCAUUUAUACAUGGAUGAUUCUCAGAUAUAUUUCAAUGUUAAAAAUGGGAGUUCAUCAGAUAUUUAUCAGCUUACAACUUACCUUAGUGAAAUUAAAACCUGGUUGGAAUAUAACUCAUUUAAAUUAAACUGCAACAAAAUCAAAAUUGUUCUCAUUGGUACUAAAGAUUUAAGAAAAUAAACUCCUUUUCAGACACUGUUGGUGAUGAUAUCAUCAGACCUUCUUCGGCAAAGAAUCUUGGUGUAAUUUUUGAUUCCUCCAAUUCUUAUUCUACCCACAUAAAUCACGUUAAGGAACAUUGUUACUUCCUCCUCUGCAAUAUAUCUCUCCUCUUUGCUCAUUCAUCUCUUUUUCUUAUUCUGAGAAACUUGUCCAAGGUUUUAUUACAUCCCACAUUAACUGCUGAUAGGUGUCCCGGCAAGUCUUUUAACACAGCCUCAGCUGGUUUAAAGCUCGGGAAGAAAAGUCCAUAUACAGACAUGCAAGAACCAGCAUAUAACACCCAUCCUGCUUCACCUUCACUGAUUCCUCGCGUCUUAGAGGACUAAACAUAAAAUUCUGUUAGUAGCCUAUAAAGCAUUAAAUUCCCCCGCACUCAAUUAUAUCACUAACCUGCACCAUCAAUAUGCUCCUGUCUGUUCACCAAGGUCAAUUGAUUUUGGCAAUUUUCAUGUGGCCCAAGCUAACCUGUGCUCUAUGGGUGACCAAAACUCUAUAACACCCAAGCUUUGAAGGACAUCCCUAAAUUAAUGGGAUCAGCUGACUUCAAUUCAUUUUUUAUUAAAAAAAAAACAAAACUUAAAACUCAUUUGUUCAGGAAUGCAUUUAACAUACCCUGACAUUCUGAUCUUUUCUCUCAGUCUAAGUGCUCAGGAUAAUUUGUGCUUAUAUCACAGGUUAUGUUAUUUGUUCAGGGUUUUCUUUUAGUAUUUAUAUAUUUGUUAAUUUUAUUCUGAUUUACUGUCAUUUAUUUUAAUUCAAUGCUUUUUAUUUCUUGUAUUUAUCUUUUAUAGUGUUUUAUGCUGAUAUUAUUGUGGAUCCAAUGUUGCGUAUGCUGUCUUUUUCCUACUUUUUCUCUGUUGUUCAUUUUGAAUUUCUGUGAACAGGUUUGAGCAUGGGAACAGUGUUAUAUAAAUAAAAUAUAUUUUUAUUAUUC